AUGAGUGAUACCGCUAGUUGUGAUAGUAAAAGUUUAUCGGAAUCGGCGGACUCCGAAUCAACUAUAAAUCCUCUUAUGAAAGAACGAUGGACAAACAAUAUAAGUUAUCGCCAACUAGUCAUGUCAUCUUGUGUCGGUAUUUGCCAGUUAUGGUGGCAUCCGUACUUACAUGACCUUCGGAAGCUAUUGCCUUUCCUGUUUCUUUACAAUGUCUUCAGCUUAUUACUUGCGUAUCCGCUAUUCUAUUUGGAACUGGCACUCGGCGUUGUUACGAAGAAAGGUGUUCUCCGUUGUUGGGACUUAGCACCCAUUGCUAGAGGAGUUGGCUUUGCUAUGCUAGGAUCGUGUUUGUUUACGACGCUUGCCCUCGGCUCGGUGGGAGCGUGGUGCCUGGCUUUGUUCGUUCACAGCUUCCACUCUUUCCUGCCGUGGCUACACUGCGCUGCUAGCGCUAGACCGGCGUGCGCAGCUAGACACCGACCCUUACCAAGCGACAGCGAAACUCCUGCGCAUUCUUUCUUUUUUAACUUCGUGCUGAAUCUAAAAAGAGAAGGAUUAGAAGGUGGCCUCGGAAACAUCGUAUGGGAACUGGCAUGGUACUACAUAAUCUGUUGGGUUUUGAUUUAUUUUGUAGCAGUCAAACGAAUUUACAGCUAUUCGAAGUUGGUAAUGUAUAAAGACCUGACAGCUUUCUUUUUAUUGUUGUGCUGUGGAGCGGGUGCGGUGCGUCUGGACGGCGCCGGUCGGAUGUUCCAUGAUUGCGACUGGUCCGUCCUAUUUAACGGAUUUGACAUUUGGCUCGAAGCUAUUGAAUAUGCUUUAUUACAAAUGUCAAUUUCCCAUGGCACAUUGAUAAUGUUAGGUUCUUAUUGUCCGAAAGAGCGUCAUAGACUUGGGACAACGGCAAUGCUAGCUUUCGGAGCUUCUAAAAUAAGCUGCAUGAUCAGCGCCUUUGUUCUUGGAGCGACACAUGGAGCUUUGAUGAAAGAUUACGAAAAUAGUAGCCAUCUUUGGAGUGGGUCUGGAUCAGCUAUGAUUUUGUGGUCGGAGUUCGUGGCCAGGGUACCCGGCAGUCAGUUUUGGUCGGCCCUACUGUUCUUUACGUUAUUCGUGCUUUCAGUGUCAUCAGCGGCGCUUUUAGUUCAAACUAUGAUGUCUACUUUCACCGGCCGCUCAAUUAGGAAAAUUGCGUGGGCAUUUCACAUUGUCGUCUGCUUGUUGUUUUGUUUUAUUGGCACGAUAACUUUAUGUACACAGGGUGGGCAGUACAUUUUAAAUUUCCUUAUGUACUGGCCCGUAUCCAAGCCUAGAGUGCCCAUUGCGGCUGCCAUUGCAGUUGUAGUUACCUACGUGUACGGCCAAACAGCAUUUUGUGAAGACGUUUUCUUUGCUGUUGGAGAAUAUCCCGCAGUCUUCAUGAGGGUGUGUUGGGCAUUGUGGCCACCUAUAUUAUUGACCGUAUUUGUAACGGAAUUGGGGCUAUGGCCAUAUACCGGAACCAUAGCUGGCUGGCUAAUAGUCUUAUUCACUGUAUCACCAAUAGCGCUUGUUAUACUAUUCUAUAGCGUUUUUAAAUGUAGAGUACGGAACAUUGUUCGUGACGGAAAAUGA